GUCAGGGCGCCAUAUUUUGUUCCACAUUUACUUUUUGAAAUUAUUUUCCUUUGGUUCCUUGUUUGGAAUAUGAGUUUCGCGAAAGGAUAAGGCUUGUGCCCCGAGAUUUAUUUGUCGCUCACUUAUAAUUAACGAAUCUUUAUCUUCAUAAUCCAAACAGUUUAUUUUAUUUAUCAUGGUCUGAAGAGAAUUAGAAUCAGAUAAAGUUGUAAAUCGGGUCCAGACUCUCCAUUCAUGGAUGUCCUCGCUAGCUCUGCAACUGCUUCUUCUUCAUGCCCUCAUUUACUAAUUUCAAACUUCUACAAGAACCACUGUAGCUCCGCCUCCAUGGCCGCCGCUCGUCCACCUCAGUUGCUGCAGUGGAAGUAUCUGCCAGUAAGGAUCGUAGAAGCUCGAGCAAAGUCUCCCUUAAUGUGUAUAAUGACUAUGUCGCUUAAGAGAUCAAUAAAUUAUGCAAAUUAUUGUAAGAUCAAGAAAAAACUUCGAUUGAAGAAAUAUGCUGGCAGUCUCCAUGAAGUGAUAAAAUGUUCAGAAAAAAUCAGACGACAUAUUUUUGUUUUUGUUGCUGGGCUGAUGGUUGUCAUGUCAGCUUCCCUUUCUGUUAGCGGUACUCCAUCCUGGGCUCUCACAGAAGAGAAUCUUCUCUUCUUAGAGGCAUGGAAGAUGAUUGACCGUGCAUAUGUUGACAAAAGUUUCAAUGGACAAAGUUGGUUUCGGUACAGAGAAAAUGCACUGCGCAAUGAACCAAUGAAUGCGCGAGAAGAGACAUAUAUGGCAAUUAGGAAGAUGCUUGCCACAUUGGAGGAUCCUUUCACUCGGUUUCUGGAGCCUGAAAGGUUAAAGAGUCUACGGUCUGGAACUCGAGGUGCUCUUACAGGCAUAGGGCUGUCAAUUGGCUACCCUACACAACUUGAUGGAUCAGCUGCUGGUCUUGUUGUUAUUUCAGCUUCCACAGGAGGUCCGGCAAACAGGGCUGGCAUCUUGUCUGGGGAUGUUAUUCUGGCGAUUGAUGAUACAAGUACAGAAACAAUGGGCAUAUAUGAUGCAGCAGAGCGGCUACAGGGAUCUGAACGAAGUUCAGUGAAACUAACCAUUCGGAGUGGACCUGAAAUAAAGCACCUGGAUCUAAUGCGGGAGAAAGUUUCACUGAAUCCUGUGAAGUCCAGACUAUGUGCGGUGCCUGCUUCGGGAAAGGAUUCCCCUAGGAUUGGAUAUAUCAAAUUACCAACGUUCAAUCAAAAUGCAUCUGGUGCUGUCAAGGAAGCAAUUAAUACCUUAAGGAGUAAUAAUGUUAAUGCCUUUGUAUUGGAUCUUCGAGACAAUAGUGGUGGUCUUUUCCCAGAAGGAAUUGAGAUUGCCAAGAUUUGGUUGGACAAAGGUGUGAUUGUAUAUAUUUGUGAUAGUCGUGGUGUUCGAGAUAUAUAUGACACCGAUGGAAGCAAAGCAGUAGCGACUUCAGAACCCCUAGUUGUGCUGGUGAACAAGGGAACUGCUAGCGCAAGUGAAAUCUUAGCUGGGGCGUUGAAGGACAAUAAACGUGCUGUGUUAUUUGGAGAACCCACAUUUGGGAAAGGCAAGAUUCAGUCGGUUUUUGAGCUGUCCGAUGGCUCUGGCUUGGUUAUUACAGUCGCUCGUUAUGAGACACCUGCGCACACAGACAUUGAUAAGGUCGGUGUGAUUCCAGACCAUCCCCUGCCUACCUCAUUCCCCAAAGACGAGGAGGCUUUUUGUAACUGCCUCCAGGACCCUGCAUCUGCUUGCAACAAGGUCGAGCUAUUUGCACGAUGACCGCAGUUUUUGUGUACAUUCGCAUUGUUUACAGUACAGGAAAUCACAAUUUUUUACAGAUGCAGUUUAACAUUCUUUCAAGGUUUCAUUUGAAUUUGUAAACAAAUAGCAAUAUUUGAUUAAUGGUAUUCGAUUCAAGAAAUUUACCAUGUGAA